UGUAAACCAGAUAGGUGUUCACAUGCACCAGUGAUCACAGUAAUUAGGGCCAUUACCGUCGGAUUUACUGAUUUUCCUUAUUGUCAGCUGUAGCGUGAACCAUGUCGGAUCCAAUAGUAGAAGUGGCUCAGGGUAAAUUGAAAGGAAAAGUGCUAAAGACCGCGAAGAAUGUAGAGUACUACACUUUCAAAGGAAUUCCUUAUGCGAAGCCACCGGUUGGGGAGCUGAGAUUUUCUGUACCAGUGCCACCAGAGUCAUGGGUGGAAAUAAAAGAUGCAACCAAAGAUUGCAACGCAAGUCCUCAGUAUGACGUAGCGUCCGGAUUUUACAUUGGAAGUGAGGAUUGCUUAGUUCUAAACGUCACUACCCCCAAACUCCCUUCUGCUGGCUUAGCGAAGUUACCCGUGAUGUUCUACGUUCAUGGAGGCGGCUUUGUCUUCGGUCAUGGCACAGAUGACAGCACUAAUGGACCAGAAUAUUUAGUUGAAAAAGGUGUAGUCGUGGUCGCUAUUAACUAUCGACUUGGAGUUCUUGGAUUUUUAACUUUAGACUGCAAAGACGCUCCUGGUAAUAUGGGAUUGAGAGACCAAGUCCAGGCUUUGAAAUGGGUGAAACAAAACAUAGCAAAGUUCAAUGGAGAUCCUGAUAACGUAACUAUUUUUGGGUUAAGUGCAGGAGCAGCAUCUAUCGAGUAUUUGAUGCUGACACCAAUAGCGAAAGGGUUAUUUCACAAAGCCAUAGCCGAAGGUGGCUCUUCGCUUUGUCAUUGGGCUCAAAAUAGCAAAGUAAAACAACUUGCUUACAAAAUCGCAGCACUAAAUGAUAAAAAAGUUUCCAAUGAUGAUGAACUUCUGAAAUAUUUAAAGUCUUUAGAUACGAAAGAGUUGAUAAUGUCAUCUAUGAAGGUUUUGGCUACUGAAGAAUUCCGUGGAGGUAUUAAUUUUGGUUACGUACCUGUGAUUGAGAAACGUGGAGACUGGGUACCAUUAUUGGAUCAACGAACGUAUAAUUUGCUUAAGAAAGGAGAAUAUACGAAAGUUCCCUUUAUGUCAGGCUUUGCUACACGAGAAGGUUUAUUAUUGUUAGCGUUGAACUCACAAAGAUUGGAGAAAGUCGUGUCUGAAAAGAACUUUGUGCAAUAUCUUCCUUUUGAAUUGAAUAAUAUUCAAGAAAUAGAGAUAGAAAAUAAAUUAAAAGACAUUUACCUGAAGACCAAAAAUAUAUUUGAUGAACCUGAUGCAUUCGGUAUUGAUUAUUUUAGUGAUGUAGUUAUUCUGGGCGGGGUGCACACAGCUACAUCUUUGAUUGUUCAGAAUAAUAACUACCCUGUAUACAAUUACGAGUUUUCUUACGAUGGAAAAUUAAAUCACAUUAAGAAAGUAUUAGGCAUCGACCGUCGCGGCGCAUGUCAUAGUGAUGAAAUCGGGUAUCUACUGAAAGUCUCGGGAUUACCUGACCCCGGUCCUAAAGACUAUGUAGUUCGGGAACGAAUGGUGACCCUAUGGACCAAUUUUGCCAAAUACGGGAAUCCAACACCAAAAACGGAUGGUUUGAUAACAACAAAAUGGGAGCCGGCAACUCCGACGAAAAUGCAGUGUCUUCUUAUAACCGAUACAUUGCAAAUGAAAGACGAAGUCUAUAAAAACAGUAUGGAAUUAUAUAAAGAGCUUUAUGAAAAAUAUACCCCCUCUCAAUAAUGUUAAUAAAUAGCCACGAAUCCGGCGGAUUGAGUUCAAAAUAUAGAUAUAGAAUAGAUGUUGGACUGACUUCCUUUUAUAUUGUAAUAAUGUAUUGAUGGCUAAUGCUUCGAAGGGUUAAGCAUAAUAUGUGUACGGUGUUAUACCCACUAUUUACUGCCACUCGUUUUACUUAAAUUGUAAAAUUCCGCAUGAUAUUUUAUAUUAUUUUAACACACAUUACACAACAAAGAUAAAAUCUUUUUAAUGUGUGCAAUAAAGUUAUUAUUAUUAUUACUACAACUACAUAGGAUACACAAUCUCAACAACAAAUCAAUAACAACUGAUACACGAUUAUAAUUAUUAUUAUAUUAGAACUUUCUUUAAACGUCUUACAUUGUAACAAACUUCAUUAAUAUUUUGAGCCCGAAAAUUGCAUCAAAAUGUCUUUCCCUUGCCUACCUAUUUUAAGACAGUAACUGACAUCGUAGUGUUUAUAUAUGGAAAAAAAACAAGAAAAAAACUCUUUGUUGACAUUA